AUGUGCACCGUUCGUCAACUCGUCCACAUCCUGGUCCGUCCAUCCGGCCGUUACCUGCCCUGUCUGCACGCCACCGCACCACUUCGCCUAUCUGCGCCCUCCUUCGCACGCUACCGACUUCCCUGACUCCGCCGCCUUGCCAACGCAGUGUUGAACGCACGCCUCCAAUGGCCCCCUGUUACCCGAGCCUCGCCGCAUGACACUUGCGCCCAGCCUCGCUCCAUCGACCCAUGUGCCUUAUCGAUACGUCCACAUCCUGGUCCAUCCGUCCGGCCGUCGCCUGCUGAGCCUGCACGUCACCGCCCCCCUGUUCGCCGCCUCCGCGCCAGCCUGUUCAACUCACGCUCGCGCGCCGCCGCCUCCCACGCCGGAAUCGAUCUACCUCUCCUGUCCUUGCCGAGCCGUUGCCUCCGCUAGCCACCGUCAGCUUGCCAUCACCGCCCUCAUGUUCCAUCGGCCAUCCAGAGCAUCGCCCAUGCAUGACGCCCGUAGUUCGCAACCUUUGGACCUGUCGCUCCGGACUGCCCCGCUCACCAACACUCGACCAUGGUAGAUAAGUUUCCCCUCGCGUCCGCUGUCCAACACAGCCCCUCUCAGAGCCCCGAUAGCCCGCUUGGAGUUCGGUCUUGUAGCUUCGCAACGCGCCCGCCCAGUUUGACUUAGACCCGCUGUGCGCUCCCUUGCUAGAACCUCACCCGACUCGCGCGCUCCCGCGCGCUCCCGCGCGCUCCCGCGCCUCUCUCCCUCUUCUCUAUCGCUUCCUCUCACUAUUCAGACUGCUGAGAUUCGGUAGAGAACAGGUCGUUCGGCUACGCUCGCGCCCCCGCGCUGCGUCCGCUCCGCCUCGCGACUUCUCGACCUGGGAGUACCUUGCGACGUCGACCUGCCUCGCAACAUCCCCGAAACGAUCCGGCUCGUGCCGCCUCACGAAUCCCCAGCGACCUCCGGUCCCAACUUAACAUCUUUGACCAUUCAGGCACAUGA